AUGUCAACGACGAACGUCCCGCAACGUCGAGCGGUGCGGUCUACUCGCCUUGCAGGACAGAGAGACGCAGAAAAUGCAAAUGCCCGCCCUUCACGAAACACCCAACGCGCGAAACCACUCUCUAAUAAUGCUCAAGCUGCUUCAAGUAACCUCGCUGGCGGGCCAUCCAGAGUAACAGCAGCCACUGCAGCCUCGAGAGCUAAACUCGGCGUGACUUCCACAACUCACCCAGACCAACCCAUAGGCAAGCGCAAGCGUGAGGUCCUGGGCGAGAAUGCGACUGUCAACAGAGCGAAGGCGCAGCAAAAAGGCAAAGAGAAGGAAAUCGAUACCAAUGCCACCGACAAAGCUCCAACUCUUCGUGCGACUCGCCAGCCUCUCCGUACUGUCGCAGGCACCCGCCACAAUGCUGUUACCGCCAUCGAGGGCGAAGCGAUGUCCGAAGUUAAAGAAGAGCCUCACGCUGAGGACGGCAAUGCCAUGCUCAUCGAUCAUCUCCCACCCCAACCUGCUCUCCCAACUGUUCCUGCCCGAAAAUCACUUGUUCCGCGAGAAAACACGGUUGCCACUCGUCCGUCAGACGGAGCACCUCGUCGUCAAACUCGCUCGUCACUUGCUCGCCAACAGCAGCAGAUCCAAGAGGAACAAGAUGAUGAAGACGAGGCGCCUGCUCACAAGAGGCGAAAAACCUCUUCUGACUCGCCAGAAGAACCUGAAAUGGAUGAAGAAGAGCGUGAAGCAGCGCGCUUACAAGCUGAGGAGGACGCCGUCGCUACGCGCAUUGCCCAAGAAAUUGCAGUUUAUGCUAAUGGCGAGCCAGAGGCUGACCCCGAGUCCUCGCCAUGGGACGAUCUAGAUGCCGAUGAUGCUGACGACCCUGCCAUGGUCAGCGAAUACGUUGUGGAAAUCUUCAAGUAUCUUAAACAAGUCGAGUUGUCGACAAUGCCUAAUCCAAACUACAUGACCAGUCAAACCGAACUCGCCUGGAAGAUGCGCGGUAUCCUGAACGACUGGCUCAUCCAAGUCCACGUUCGUUUCCGCCUGCUUUCCGAGACUCUCUUUCUCUGCGUCAACAUUAUCGAUCGCUUUCUCUCCGCGCGUGUGGUGUCGCUUGCCAAACUCCAAUUGGUUGGCGUGACUUGCAUGUUCAUCGCCGCUAAGUUCGAAGAAAUAACUGCUCCAUCCGUUACUCAGUUCCUUGAAUGUGCCGACUCAACCUACACUGAAUCGGAAAUUCUUCAGGCCGAGCGUUACGUUCUGAAGACGCUCGAUUGGAAUCUGAGCUUCCCCAACCCCGUACACUUCCUGCGGAGAGUCAGCAAGGCCGAUAACUAUGAUAUCAAGGCCAGGACACUGGGGAAAUAUCUACUCGAGAUCGCCUGCCUAGAAUGGCGUCUCAUCGCUGCACCACCAUCCCUACUUGCUGCUGCUGCAAUGUGGCUGGCAAGAAUAGCUGUAGGAGAGGAAAAUUGGACUCCCAAUCUUGCGCACUACUCCUCGUAUCCUGAAAGCUCCCUCCUUCCUACAGCAAACCUCAUGCUCAACUACAUCUUGAAGCCACCUCGGCACGAAGCAUUUUACAACAAGUAUGCUGGCAAAAAAUUUUCAAAGGCCAGUAUUUUUAUGCGACAAUGGGCUCUAGAACGAUGGGAUGAGAACACAACUGUUGAUCUCGCUGUCGACCUCGAUCAACUGAAGAACGAAAUUCGGGCUGAGCGGGUUCACGAGGAAGUUAGACUUGAGCAAGAACAGCGACAGCAGCAAAAAGAGGCUGCAGAGAGGGCAGAACGGCGGCAAAAAAUAAGGGACUCUGUGGCUCUUGCCAACGCCGAAAUCGGUCGACAUACCUCGUCUAAAGGCGCUCUGCGGACCACUCGAUAA